GAGGCGAGGUGGUGCCUGAGGGGCCUGGAGGAGCCGGGUUGCCGCCGCUGCUGGGGGGGAGCCCAGGUUUCGCCGCGGGGCCGCGUCCCGUCAGCGGUUGGGGAUAAGCCCCUGGCUGACCGGCUAGUUGCGAGUACGUCCCUCUUGGCCCCGCCGCUAGGCCUCCCGGGGCGGGCAGACCAGCUGGGCCGCUGCCGCCGCGGCUGAAGAGAAGGCGGGGACGGCGCCGGCAGGAUGAAGCUGGUGAGGAAGGACCUGGAGAAGGAUAAUGCGGGCCAGGUGACGCUGAUCCCCGAGGAGCCCGAGGACAUGUGGCACACCUACAAUCUGCUGCAGGUGGGUGACAGCCUGCGGGCCUCCACCAUCCGCAAAGUGCAGACGGAGUCGUCCACGGGCAGCGUGGGCAGCAACCGCAUCCGCACCACCCUCACCCUCUGCGUGGAGGCCAUCGACUUCGACUCGCAGGCCUGCCAGCUGCGGGUCAAAGGCACCAACAUCCAGGAGAAUGAGUACGUCAAGAUGGGGGCCUACCACACCAUUGAGCUGGAGCCUAACCGGCAGUUCACGCUGGCAAAGAAACAGUGGGACAGCGUGGUGCUGGAGCGCAUCGAGCAAGCCUGUGACCCGGCGUGGAAUGCUGAUGUGGCAGCCGUGGUCAUGCAGGAGGGAUUGGCUCACGUCUGCCUGGUUACCCCCAGCAUGACCCUCACUCGUGCCAAGGUGGAAGUGAACAUCCCCCGCAAACGGAAAGGGAACUGCAGCCAACACGACCGGGCCCUAGAGAGGUUUUACGAACAGGUGGUGCAGGCCAUCCAGCGGCACAUCAACUUUGAAGUAGUAAAGUGUGUACUGGUGGCCAGCCCAGGCUUCGUUCGAGAGCAGUUCUGUGAUUACAUGUUCCAACAAGCAGUCAAGACCGACAACAAACUUUUACUGGAGAACAGAUCCAAGUUUUUACAGGUGCAUUCAUCAUCAGGACAUAAGUACGCACUGAAGGAGGCACUUUGUGACCCAGCUGUAACUAGCCGUCUCUCUGACACUAAGGCCGCUGGUGAGGUCAAAGCCUUAGAUGACUUCUAUAAAAUGUUGCAGCAUGAGCCUGACCGGGCUUUUUAUGGCCUAAAACACGUAGAAAAGGCCAAUGAAGCCAUGGCCAUUGAUACUUUAUUGAUCAGUGAUGAGCUCUUCCGGCACCAGGAUGUGGCUACACGUGCCCGGUAUGUUAAAUUGGUAGAUAGUGUACGAGAGAACAUGGGCACAGUGCGCAUUUUCUCCAGCCUUCAUGUAUCUGGGGAGCAGCUUGGCCAGCUGACAGGGGUGGCAGCCAUCCUGCGCUUCCCAGUUGCUGAGCUCUCUGACCAGGAGGAUGAAUCUAGCUCUGAAGAGGAUUGACAACCGUGGCUUCAUUUUACAGUAUCCCUUCCAAUUGACAUCAAAAUGACAUUACAAGUCUAUCCUUUCUGAAUACUGUGUGCAGAUGUACCAUGACAUGUAAUUUAAGUUUUUGAUAGUAUUUCUUAUACGAUGUGUUUCUUCUCACCACAUGAAUGGAUGUCUAUUCUAUGGUAAAGAUGAUUGGAAUGCUGAGAUUUAGAGCUGACUGGUUUUGCAAGUUACACCCUGGACCUCCAGCAGUACCAGAAACAGAUCUCAAUCCCCAAAUCUGCCUAUUCUUUAUGUUAAGGCAGACUGUCAGCUUAAUGUUUUGGAAUGUGUACGAAAAGAUAAUAAACUAAGAAGCAGAAAACUA